AGUUGUCACUUGUCUGUGGCGGGCUUUGGAGUUUAGAGUUUGGUGGCGGAGCUCUGCGACGGCUCGCUAGUGUAGUGUUCUGAAAAUAAAUUGUUUAUUUAAAAAGUACAGAUCCAAAUUUGUAAAUAUUAGUUAAAUUUAACUAUUAAUCAUGUCCGUAAUAGGUAAAGUUAUACCAAGUGUGUCAGUACAUAAUAUUGGGAAAUUUAGCGCCGCUUUACAAUCAGUAAAAUGUAAUCGUAAUAAUUAUUUUACGUAUACUCAAGCAUUAUCGCAACCCUUGAAUCGAAAACCGGAUUUUGUUACGGCUAAGGAGGCGUUCGAAAAAUGUCUAAAAUCUGGUCAGACUGUGUACGUGCAGGGCGCCGCGGCGACCCCGGUUCCACUGCUGGAUGCCAUGACAGACGUUGGCAAGGCGGGUUCGAUGCGGGACAUCAAGGUGGUCCACAUGCACACCGAGAAGGAGGCCAAAUACGUGGCGCCCGAGUGCAAGGAUAUCUUCAGGUCGGUAUCUUUAUUCAUGGCCGCGAAUGUGAGACAGUCUGUCGCGGAGGGCAGGUCUGAUGUGAUCCCCAUCUUCCUGCAAGACAUCCCCAAGCUCUUCCACAAGAAGAUCAUCCAGCCCGAUAUUUCUGUUAUUCAGGUAUCACCUCCCGACCAACAUGGAUACUGCAGUCUGGGCACCUCGGUGGACUGCGUCAGGGCGGCCUUAAUAAAUUCUAAAUAUAUUAUCGCCCAAAUUAACAGCAACAUGCCAAGAACAUUCGGAGAUGCUAUCAUCCACAUCUCCCAUAUGGACUAUGCGGUCGAGGACCACACUCCUCUCCCAGAACAUGGCUCCAAAGGCCUUCCCAGUCCCGAGGAAAUGAAGAUCGGACAGCUCAUUGGAGAUAAUCUGGUGGAGGAUGGCGCUACACUCCAGAUGGGUAUCGGCGUGAUCCCUGACGCGGUGCUGUUCGCCCUGAAGGACCACAAGGACCUCGGCAUCCACUCCGAGAUGUUCAGCGUCGGAGUCAUCGACCUGGUGAAGCGUGGCUGCAUCACCAACAAUAUGAAAAAAAUGCACAAAGGUCGUAUUGUUGCAAGCUUCAUAGUAGGCAACAAGGAGUUGUACGAUUUCGUGGACAAUAACCCGUUCAUUGAGAUGAUGGAGGUGGACUACGUGAACAAUACCCACAUCAUAUCGCUGCUGCCCAAGAUGACGGCCAUCAACUCGUGCAUGGAGGUUGACAUCACCGGCCAAGUGUGUGCCGACUCCAUAGGUACUCGCAUGUUCUCCGGCUUUGGUGGUCAGGUUGACUUCAUCCGCGGCGCCGCUGAGGCCGUGGACGGUCAGGGGAAACCCAUCAUAGCCAUGUGCUCCACCUCCAAGAAGGGAGUCAACAAGAUUGUGCCCACACUGAAAGCUGGCGCCGGGGUGGUGACCACUCGCGCCCACGUCAACUACGUGGUGACGGAGUACGGCAUCGCAUCUCUCUUCGGCAAGACGCUGCGCCAGCGAGCCUACGAGCUGAUCGGUAUAGCUCAUCCAGACCACCGUGAGUCGCUGGAGAAGGCGGCCUUCGAGCGGCUCAACUGCAUGCCGGCGCCCUAGUACCGCCGAUGGCAACACUGCUCCAUUAUUACUGUCGUGAUGUCAAUAAUAUUAUACACUACUUGAGUAGCUUCAUAUGACCGUUAAACUGCCUUAAAGACCAGCAACGAAAUAACCGUCUUCGAUUUAGAAGAAUCCUGCAAUUUCUCCGGUGUUGCAAGAGGAUAACAGCGGCGGUGGUGUCUUUCCAUUACUUUACCGACUAGACUCGUAAUAGAAUAUUAGAAUGUCGAGGUAUAGAAUAUCUUAAACAAUGCUACGACUUAUCUAAGACAUGUUUCUUGUUUGAUACCGAAAGCAAAUGUUACACAAGUCAAUCCAUCCACUGUUUUGUUGGAUAGCAGCUCCAUGUGGCCAGUUUUCUAUCCGCGUAGCCUACAUGUGAUUCGAUCUUUAAAUGCUCUAAGGUUGGAAUAUCUGAGUUUAAGUGAAUUAACAACAGUCUCUGGGUAUUCGGAACCACAACAGCAAAGUACCAUUUUAAUAUGGUUUCGUCGUUAGUAGUGUAGAUGUUCUCGGGAGUAAUUUCUCGUAAUUCUGUAGCUAGAUUCACAAUGAAAUUAGUUAUAGUCUAUUCAGUCACCUGCGCUUGCACUCUUUUAUUUUGUUGUUUGCUGAGAAAGUUUUCUUAUUUGCAAAGAACACCUCAGACACUCUUUACCAGGGACAUAUUAUGUCUUAAUUAUUUUCACGUUUAAUCUGUGGGUAGUUUGAUAAUCCAUAAUAAUAAUUUUCAAAUCAAUAUAUAUGUUUUGCCUUUUCCCUUGUUCUAUAAGCUAGUUGGACCGCCCGGCGUACAAGGAUUAUUUCCAGUUUAUUGUCUAUCGAGUGUCACAGAGCACAUUCAACGGAAUGUCAUACUUUGUGUUUGCUUCACUCUGCGUUAACUGCUUUGCAAUAAUCACCAUCUUAAGUUUCUUUAAUUAUUUCUUUAAGACGAAUUAUAUUUUUAAUUAUUUAAUGUUUUUUUUUUAUUUUGUAUGAAUCAUGUAUUUUGUUCAUAUUUCUAAAAAACAAUUCAAAGGAUUAUCUGUUUAAUAGGUACUAUUCAAAGAUUUAGUAAUGUUUAAGAUUUCUUUUUGUAGGUUUUUUUUUCUGAGAAAGAUUUUCUCUAUAUCUGUUUGCCUAAGGAAAAAAGACUAUUUAUUUUCUAUCAAUUAUUUUUAUAUUUUAUUUAUUAUUAUAAAAAAUACUACGUUUAUUGGAUUUUAAAUUCCAGAUGCAUUUCCUUUUAUGUAUUUUUAAGUAUUAUUUCUAACUAUAAGUAAAUUUAUUUGACACAAAUAUAAUCAAAAUGUUACUAUACUAAAGGCCUUAAUGUGUUACCAUGUUAGUUUUAUAUAAUGUUACUACCAAUAAUUACGUUAAAUAAACAGCUUUAUAAAAUAA